GAAUCUGAUCUGAUCUGUUUCGGUCGCACCCCGGAGAUCUUCCCACCAUUCGAUGCCUUAACAUCUUAUUAUCUCGUCUCACCCUCGGAUGAGACGACCAGCGCCGACGCUCCGUUUUCCGAUAAGUCGAACGACCGUGACACCCAAUCGAUAUAGCAUAGCAACCCGGCGUUCCCACACAUCGGCCAAUCCACGUCCGGCCCCAAGUCGACCCCCGUCUGCGCACGACCUCUCUCUCGUCGAGCCGGGCAUUGUCGUUAUAAGUGCUGCGGUGGUACCACACGCGCCGCUUCCCGUCAAUCACAAGUCGACACACCUUGCGUGGGAAAGGAACCAAUGGCCUCGAUAAACGACCUCGCGGUGGCGGCGACGAUCGCGUCGUCCGCCGUGGCGCUGCAGUCGUCGCCUCGGCAGGAGGCGUCAGCGUCAGCAGCGGCCGCGCCGCCGCCCCCAGGCACGCCUCCGCCGGCGGCGGGAGCGGCAGCGGGCUCGCCGUCUCAGGGGGCGACGCCUGCGCAGCCCGAGCCGGCGACGCCAGGGGCGCGAGGCGCGACAACCAUCGCGCGGGGGGCGCCGGUGCUGGCGGCGCCGGCGGCGGGGGCGGCGGGCGAGGGGCGGGCGAAGGCGGUGCGCGGCGCGUUCGUCGUGUUCGAGGGCAUGGACCGCGCGGGCAAGACGACGCAGGCGAAGCUGCUGCAGCAGCGCUGCAUCGAGAGCGGCCGCGAGGCGCGCUUCCUGCGCUUCCCCGACCGCACCACGCCCAUCGGCCAGAUGAUCGACGCCUACCUCCGCGGCGAGGCCGAGAUCGAGGACCACGUCAUACACCUGCUGUUCAGCGCGAACCGGUGGGAGGCCGUCAAGAAGAUCAGGGCGGAGCUCGAGGCCGGGCACACGAUCGUGUGCGACCGGUUCUACCACAGCGGGAUCGUGUACAGCGCGGCGAAGGGGGUGCGGUCGCUGUCGCUGUCGUGGGCGAAGGCGCCGGAGGUCGGGCUGCCGCGGCCGGACGUGGUGCUGUUCCUGGACCUGGAGGAGGCGGCGGCGCGCGCGCGCGGCGGCUGGGGCGGCGAGGUCUACGAGAAGGGCGAGAUGCAGCGCCGCGUGCGCGACCUCUUCUGGGGGCUCAGCAUGGGCGACCUCGGCACCGCCGUCGACAGCGGCAGCGCCGCCGCCGCCGCCGCCGUCGCCGGCAAGGCGCCCCGCCGCGACGCCGACAGGGCCGGCAACGGAGCCGCGGGCGUCGCGGCGGCGGCUGCUACGGCUGCCCAGGACACGGAGUUCCGCCAGGAGGAGGAGGACAUACAGAUCGUCGACGCGGACCUCCCCAUCGAGGAGCUGUCCGACAAGGUCUGGGAGCUCGUGCUCCCCCGUAUCGAGGCCGUCGAGCGCGGCGAGGUCGGCAGGACGGUGCGGACGGUGCGGUGAGGUGGAAGUGGAGGGUCUUUGCAUACGGAUGCGGCGGGGCGGAGCUGUGUUUGCAGAGGGGGAUAGCAUCGAAUCCAUGUAGUAGCAUAUUGCUAUUUCCGCGCCGCGGUAGCUGAGACUCGGUGUGCACAGAAGGAUACGCCUUCUCAUAGCGACGACGGGGUAUAUAUUAGGAGUUCUCCGUCACCUCGGCCCUUGGUCUCUCGUGAAGAACGUGUUUCUCGAAGCCUGCGCCGAUCGCUGGUCGUCAGACGUCCUGGUGCCGUCCCUCGCCCACACUCUUACUAUAGCGAACACUAGGGUGAGCUAUCCCUUGCGAUACGCGAGCGAGCGUGGAAAGCGAUGCUAAGCUAGACCUCGCCUCGGGCUGAGGCAUCGCAGCGUAUGUGUUGCUGGCGCGUAAAGAAUCGCCUGUUUCUAUUUGCGCCGCUGUUUGAGUGUACUAGGCCUCCGCGGCUCGAUGGCUGGCCUCUCUACGGUAGUAGGCAGCGUGAG